AUGUUCACCACGGUUUCUGAUUAUUUGAGUGAUCUCAGUUUCGUGCAGAAGUCUGUGUUGAGUGUUUGUCUCGCGACCAUCUUCACGUACUGCUGUCUUUUCGUGCAUCGUUACUACCGGAUAUGGAAAAUUCUGAGACCCAUGCCCGGUCCCUUCAGUCGUGACCUAAUCGGAUACAUACCGCCAGCUUAUAAUAUUUUCUGUUUGGUUCUGCAACAUGCCUAUUCUGAGUUCCUGGAAACGUCCACCGGCAUCUUCCAGCUACUAAAUGGAUUGUGCAUAUGGUUCCAUAGAGAGAAGGUUUUCAAGGUUUUCUUGGGGUUCCAGCCAGCUAUCAUCGUAUACUCCCCGGAAGGCGUCGAAGCUGUUCUCAAUCAUUCGACGAAUCUCAAGAAACCGAUUCUGUACUCUUUACUGAACACAUGGCUGGGAGCAGGACUACUCACAAGUUGGGGAAACAAGUGGCGCUCCCGGAGAAAGAUGCUGACGCCGGCAUUCCAUUUUCGCAUCCUGGAGGAUUUCUUGCCCGUAAUGAAUGAGCAAGCGGAAGUAUUCGUAGAAUGUUUGGAGGAAAAAAUUGGUACAGACUUCGAUGUCGUCCCCAUUAUCACCAAGUGCACAUUGGAUAUAAUUUGUGAAACUGCCAUGGGCGUUAAGGUCGGCGCUCAAAGGGGCACUGAAUCGCAGUACGUCAGAGACGUCUAUGCCGUCGGUAAAUUCUUCCUGGAACGGCUCGUCCGACCGUGGCUAUACUUGGAUUCCCUGUAUUUGCUCACUGAAGCUGGACGAGUUUUUGAUCAACAUGUGAGAGGGAUCCACGCCUUCACGAAAGGUGUUAUACGGGAGCGGAAGAAACAAAAAAUUCGAGAAAACACUCAUGGUACAUCCGGUGGGAAGAAACGUUUGGCUUUCCUGGACCUCCUUCUCGAAGAGCACUUCGCGAAUCCGUCAGGCUUGCCAGAACAUGACAUUCGAGAGGAAGUGGACACCUUCAUGUUCGAGGGGCAUGAUACGACGGCAAUGGCACUUUCUUGGACCAUAUUCUUGCUGGGUCAUCACCCCGAGAUUCAGCGUCGCUGCCAAGAUGAACUGGAUCAGAUCUUCGGCUCCGAGAAGAGACAGCCUGAUAUGGAAGAUCUCAAAAACAUGAAAUAUUUGGAGUGCUGUAUCAAAGAAGCGCUGAGAUUGUUCCCCUCGGUUCCGAUCGUAGGCAGAGAGGUGCACACAACGUUCAACCUGAAUAAAUACCAGGUCCCGGAGGGCAGCGUCGUCCUCGUAUUCGCUUACCAGCUACACCGAAACAAAGAGAGUUUCCCCAAACCGGAAGAAUUUAUACCGGACCGCUUCUUCCCCGAAAAUUGCAAUGGAAGACAUCCCUUCGCGUACGUCCCGUUCUCUGCGGGGCCGCGGAAUUGCAUCGGUCAACGAUUCGCUUUAAUGGAGGAGAAAGUGGUUCUAUCCAGCUUGCUGAGGCACUACACCGUGAAAUCACUGGUCGGAUUCGAUUCACUGGAGCUGUCAGCAGAGAUGGUGCUCCGCUCUAGGACAGGUUUGCCUGUAUCGAUCUCAAGAAGAACGUCACGAAAAUCGUGAGCCUCCUGCCCUUAGCAGCUGCCGCAAUCCUCCGCAGAGCAAGAGUCUGGCGGUGAAUGCACCGUAUCGAGCCCACGAGAUAACGUCGGGUACCGCAGACAUUAUGUAUGUACAAUGAAAUAAACUCCCUAUCG